AUGGCAUUACUCACAGUUGCUUCCAAGCCAAACGCGGCAUACCUCUUACCAAUUGUUACCGCUGCAACCUACGUGCAAGUUGCUGAUCCUGAUUCCGGGCUUGAUAUUUCAUUUGAGGAUGAGGAAUCUGUGGGAGCUGGCAAAACCAAAUUGGAGCUCAAGCUUGCGGGUGGGAAGUUGAUAUGUGAUGACGAUAUCUUGCCAUUCCUUCAACAAAAGUAUCAGGUCUUACAGCUGGGUAAUAAAGAAGAGGUCGAUAAAUGGGUGAAACAAUCCAGUGAGCUUAGAGACCCCGAUUUCAAAACUUUGGAUAAACCUAUGAGGGAGCUUGAGUCGCAUUUAAUAUUACGUUCCUACAUCGUUGGGCAUACGCUUACUCUUGCGGACCUUGCAAUCUGGGGAGCUCUCCGAGGAAAUAAAGUUGCCUAUGCAAACAUCAAAAAAGCUGCAAAUACCGUUAGCAGAUGGUUCAAUUUUAUUGAAUUAUCUUAUCCUUGGGUAAACAAUGGCCCUUCUGAGUUGAAUGCAAGUGUGCAAAAGAAAAAAGCUGCUGCUAGUGCUGCUGGCGCUAGCUACAAUAUCGGGCUUCCAAAUACCGAAAAUGGUGUUGUCACACGCUUCCCACCCGAACCAUCUGGCUACCUCCAUAUUGGUCAUGCAAAAGCGGCAUUGCUUAAUGACUACUUUGCUCACGAGCAGUACAAGGGCACAUUAAUUUGUCGAUUUGAUGAUACUAAUCCUUCGAAAGAAAACCAGGAGUUUGAGGAUGCUAUUAAACAUGAUUUAAGUUUACUAGGGGUUACUCCCGAUAGAAUCUCAUUUUCGAGUGAUUAUUUCCAAGAAAUGUAUGAAUAUUGUGUGCAGAUUAUUCGAGAUGGAAAGGCCUAUGCCGAUGACACUGAGCAGUUGCAGAUGCAACACGAAAGACGUGAGGGAAUUGCAAGUAAAAACCGAGAUGCAACAGUUGAGCAAAACCUAGCACGGUUUGCAGAGAUGAAGACAGGGUCGACGGAGGGGCAAAGAUGGUGCAUUCGGGCAAAAAUCUCCGUUGAUGACCUGAACAAAGCGUUGAGAGAUCCGGUCAUCUAUCGCUGCAAUCUUCAACCUCACCACAGAACCGGUAGCACAUGGAAGAUUUACCCAACAUAUGAUUUCUGCGUGCCAAUUCUAGACGCUUUGGAAGGAGUCACACAUGCGCUGCGAACUACUGAGUACGGGGAUCGAAAUGCGCAAUACGCCUGGAUGCAAGAAGCUAUGAACCUACGAAAAGUGUACAUCUGGGAUUUCUCCAGACUCAACUUUGUUCGUUCUGUUUUGUCAAAACGUAAACUCACGCAGAUCGUCGACCAGGGAGUGGUCUGGGGUUGGGAUGACCCUCGCAUGCCUACAAUCCGAGGUAUUCGACGACGAGGAAUGACAGUUCCUGCUCUGCGGGAGUUCAUUUUGAAGCAAGGUCCCAGUAAGAAUGUUGUGAACCAGGAUUGGACCAAGUUCUGGGCCACAAAUAAAAAGUACAUUGACCCUGUGGCGCCACGACAUACAGCUGUUGACAAAGAUGACAUGGUUGAGGCCAAGGUUCAAGGCGUUGACGGCGUGUCAUCUGUCGACAAACCUAAACACGUGAAAAAUCCAGAGGUGGGAAUGAAAAAGGUGGUGUAUAGUGACAGCAUCAUAAUUGAUCAAGCCGAUGCCAAGACAUUGAAAGAGGGCGAAGAAAUUACUUUGAUGAACUGGGGCAACGCAUUUGUUCGAAAGAUUGACACAGACUCUUCCAGUGGUAAGGUCAGUCGCCUGGACCUCGAGUUGCAUCUUGCGGGAGAUGUGAAGAAAACAGAGAAAAAGAUCACAUGGCUUUCAAAGGAUCAACCGCUUGUGCCUGCGAUAUUGUAUGAUUUUGACUACCUAAUCACCAAGGACAAGAUGGAAAAGGAGGAUGACAUCAAUGCGAUCUUGAAUCCGAAGACGGAGUCCCGGACAGAUGUUUUAGGCGACUGCAAUGUUGCUGAUCUCGUGGAAGGAGAUAUUAUCCAAUUUGAGAGAAAGGGGUACUUUAGACUGGAUCGCCAAUGCCAGGGUGGCGAGCCAGCGGUACUAUUCAAUAUCCCAACUGGUAAAACGGGCUGA